AUAUUCAUAAGCCACGGUUUCCUCAUAGUAGACCGGUCAUUCAGCGAGCUUUGAGGAGACCGAAACAAAACCACGACGUUUCACGGCAACAAUAACUGUAGUAACUAUUGUAUUUUUACGAUCGUUACCAUGGUGAUUUUUUACAGGUUUGUAAUUAACUGCCCCGCGUGACGCACGCAUCGCUCGGUGGGAGUGUCCGGUAACCGAACGUCAUACCUCCGACGAUAUUCGGCGUCCGUACCGAGAGGCUGAACCGACCGAGUCACACGGACGGAUCCAGAUGUCUGACUGUUAAUGUGAGCAAACGUUCCGCGCGAUCUCAGGGAAUUACAGCGCCAUGGCUCGGGUCGGUACCGGAGCAGACGGCGCGGAACCGGAGGAGGACUGUUUUGAAGAUGCUUUCGAUCGCAUCCCAGUGGCGUCUAAGAUGGACCUGCGUACGUCUAUAGAGGAGUGCACCAUGGCCCUCAACCUCGUCCUCAACAACAAGUUCUCUGAAGCCCUGGACCUCCUCAAACCCUGGUCUAAGGACAGCAUGUAUCACGCGUUGGGCUACAGCAGUAUUCUGGCGAUGCAGGCCACCAUGACGUUCGAGCACAAAGACAUCCAGACCGGUAUGGCGACCAUCAAAGACGCCUUACAGACCUGCCAGAGGUUCAGGAAACGAAACUCAAUGGUGGGCUCCAUAUCCAGCCUGAUGUCCAAACAGCCGUCAGACAGCCUGAAAGAGGAGGAGAUGCAUGCGGAGAUCUGCUAUGCUGAAUGUUUGCUGCAGAAAGCCACACUAACAUUUGUACAGGAUGAAAACAUGAUCAGUUUUAUUAAAGGAGGAAUCAAAGUACGCACAAGUUAUCAAAUCUACAAGGACUGCCAGAAUGUGUUGAACAUGUCUCAGGGAGUGGGCGGAGACAGCGAGGCCUUCAGACAGUUUGAGGGCGGAGUCAAGCUGGGGAUUGGCUCCUUCAACCUGAUGCUGUCUUUACUACCUGCACGAAUCCUUCGACUGCUGGAGUUCAUCGGCUUCUCAGGGAAUCGAGAGUUCGGUCUGUCGCAGCUGCGGGACGGCGCCGGCAGUCACAGUCUCAGAUCAAUCCUGUGUGUCCUGACGCUGCUCUUCUACCACACUUACGUCUCUCUCAUCCUGGGCACUGGUGAGGGGAACCUGGUGGAGGCCGAGGCUCUGCUGGAGCCGUACAUAGAGAGAUUUCCUCGGGGCUCCAUCAUCCUGUUUUACUCGGCUCGGAUCGCCUUACUGAGGGGAAACUUUGAGAAGGCAGCGGUGAAGUUUCAGGAGUGUAUCGCGACCCAGCAGCAGUGGCGUCAGGUCCAUCAUCUGUGCUACUGGGAGCUGAUGUGGUGUCACUCGUUCCAGCAGCAGUGGAUGGAAGCGUACCGAUACGCUGACCUGCUGUGCCGAGAGAGCCGCUGGUCUAAAGCCAUCUACGUGUAUCAGAAAGCUGCUAUCCUGAGCAUGAUGUCCGAGCAGGACGUGAAGACGACCGGAGAGAGUAUCGUGGAGUUGUUCAGGCAGGUGGAGGGACUGAAGCAGCGUCUGGCCGGGAAGUCCAUCCCUACGGAGAAGUUUGCCGUGAGGAAAUCCCGGAGAUACUCGUCAGCCGUGCCUGUCAAACUGGUGAUUCCUGCUCUGGAAAUGAUGUACGUGUGGAACGGCUUCACCAUCGUUGGGAAACGUGCGGAUUACACUGAGAGCUUACUGGUCACCAUCGAGAGAGCGGAAGAGCAGCUGCGCAACGAUCCCAACCCGUCUGAGUUUCACCCUGAUGAUCAGUGUCUGGUGCAGAUGUUGAAGGGUUUGUGUCUGAAGAAUUUGGGCAGGUUACUGCAGGCCGAGCUGUGCUUCACACAGGUGAUCAGCAGUGAGAAGCGCAUCCGUUACGAUCACUAUCUGAUCCCCUUCACCCUGUACGAGCUGGGUCUACUCUACAAGCAGCAGGGCGAUUUCAUCAAAGCCACGCGCUUCAUCGAGGAUGCCAAGUUGAAUUAUAAAGACUAUUCUAUGGAGUCUCGACUUCACUUCCGCAUCCACGCGGCUCUCAGCAGUCUGAAGGGCUCUCCGACAAACUCGCCAUGAUGAAGGACAACAUUCAACACCAGCGUGACAUGAAAGCAACAAGCACAUCACGACCGUCAUUGAAGCACCAAAGUACCCGAGCACCUGCAGCGCGGCCGUAGCCACAUCUAGAAACGCUUUCACUGACCAUUUCAAACCAAAGUCAUCUGUCAAUCAAACUACCAUACGUGUACCUCAAACCUGAGCAUAUAGUGUGUCUCCUCCUUUGAAACACAGAGGCGUACGUUUAUUCAGCCAGUCGAAUGGUUGAACAAUCAGAAAACAGCUGCUUUAAUGAAUGUAACGGUUUACUUUAAAGACCAAAUAUGUUUGUGUCCGCUUGUGUGUCUUACAGUGUGUGCCUCUGUUUGUGUGUGUUUCACCAUGUGUCUUUAGCAGUGUAUUUCUGGUGUGUUUCUGCAUGGCCUGUCCACUGUCGCCUAUCGUUCAGAGCGCUGCAAUAAGACUCUAAUAUAUUAUUGAGUUGAUUACAUGUUUAGAUUUGUUUGAUGCUCCAAGCAAUUCAAGAAAUUCAUUUGAAAGCAAUAAUAAACAGCCAACAAUCAUGCUGAGAAAUAUAAUAUAUUGUACAAUAAUUAUUGUAUUCUUUUCUAGAAUGGGGUUUUGUUGUUUACUUUAAACUGAUGUAAUUCUAAGACAGAUUUAUUUCUUCAUGUUUUUAGGGGUUGAUCGGAUGUAGCGAUUUUCUUUUCUUUUCUUUUCUUUUUUUUUGUUGUGCAUGCAUGUUCUUGUUUUAAUGUUUAAUACCAAAUAAGUUGUAUAAAAAUCAAAUACAGUUUAUGCCAUUUUACAAGCAUAA